AUGUUCAGAACUAACCUCUUCCAGAAUAAAAUAGAUGCAUACAGUAAUAAAACCGCCAAGCGAAAGCUGUUUCAUCUAUACGAGGGGGACGACCGCGAGGUAUUCCAGUACCUUUCGGACCAGGGCACGCUCAAGAAUCCAGACGUGCUUGAUACCUACCUGGAUAACGCUGCCCCAGAUGUUCGGGACUUCCACCAGUUCGUAGGGCGCUUACUCUGCCUGUACGAUGUCACACACGACCAAUAUGUCUAUUGCGCCACGGAAUUUCGGCAGAACGCGCGGAACAUACUAUUCCCACGUUUGGAACGCAUUUUUGAAAUUGAUAGCAAGAUGAUAGGCGCGUUGCCGUUGCGGCGGUGCUACAAACGAAUCAAGCAGCGGUUUGACAGUGACCUGCAGGAAGUGGUGUACAAUGCGUGCGAGCAAAGAAGAGCCAUCGAGGGCAACUGGAUUGAAAGGCAGGUUCAGGCGGACGACCCUGCUGUCAACAAUAGGUUUUCUGCAAUAAUCAAUUGGGAGAACCAGGAGUGCCUCGAUGCGGGUGCCUACGACCGGGCACUGCAGGACAACAUCGUCACUUGGUUCGUGCGGAUGAAUAAGAGGGUCAUUGAGAAACUCAGUGCCAGGACGUCGAAGUUCAAGACUCUUUGUAAGUCAUGGUUUAGUGUUUCCCGGAACUACUGCUACUGGAGCGUCUUGGAGUGUGUGAUGCAGAGCGAGCACGUCUAUUACGAAUUUAUGUUGGAGAAACUAAAGAAGAAGGCAGACCUGAUGACAAAUUCGCCGCAAGUUGAAGGAGAAAUAACCAUCGCAGAUGUUCAGUUAGUUGUUGACCAGUUCAAGGAGCUGGAGACUUCGUUUAGUGCAUUGGAGGAAGACGAUAACCUGCUAGAGGACAUAUCUUCGAGCGACAGCUCCAUCUCAUCUCCGCAGACAUUGAUACCAAUUACAAACCAGGCCCACUGGAAAAAGCCCAAGCCCCAUAUUGAGUUUGCAGGCAAAGUUACUAGGGUAUACCAUCCGUUCCAAACGCCGGGCGAUUACCUAUUGGAAGUGCCGCAUACCGAUUCGCUAGCUCCCGGUCCGCUAGAUAUCGACACAACAUACCAGCAGUUUAGCACGCGGUUCAGGGACUUGAUGGUCAUAUACUUGAGGUGGGAUUUCGUGCAGAAGUCCGGCCAGUCGCCAGGCACAGGCCCAUUUGGCUGGUUCUUCCUAAUGUUCAGGAACGGCGACCCCGUCCCUGUGUAUAUUACUGAGAGAGUGCAUAAGGUUGUUUUUGAGAAGCCCGAAGAAGACGAAAAUGUGCCUUGCGAUGAAGAACAGCAUAUAAAGAUGGAAUGGCCAAACGAACUCAAGAUGCCUGUUUGCAAUACCAAGAGGUGGGAGGGCAGGUCCGUUUACAUUCCUAUGGACGAAUUUGCAAAGGAUCUGGUAUUCCGCAGUAAAGAGGCAGCAGUCAACCGCUACUAUCAUACGCUUGGGCAGUUGAGGGAAUUGGAAUGCCUAUAG